CUCUUAUUAACAGAUCGUGCCGAAUUUGGUGCGCAUACUUAAGAAUCUUAUACUGGGCGGAUACUCGCCGGAACAUGAUGUGAGCGGUGUUAGCGAUCCGUUUUUGCAAGUUAAAAUACUGCGCCUGCUACGUAUACUCGGACAUAACGAUCCAGAUGCUUCGGAAGCCAUGAAUGAUAUAUUAGCACAGGUGGCAACAAAUACGGAAACAAGUAAAAAUGUUGGCAACACUAUACUGUACGAGACUGUGCUUUCCAUAAUGGAUAUUCGUUCGGAAGGUGGUCUACGUGUUUUGGCUGUUAAUAUACUCGGACGUUUUUUGCUCAAUUCGGACAAGAAUAUACGUUAUGUAGCACUGAAUACUUUGUUACGUACUGUACAUGCAGACACUUCGGCUGUGCAACGUCACCGCACCACAAUUCUAGAAUGUCUCAAAGAUCCUGAUGUUUCGAUUAGGCGUCGGGCUAUGGAAUUGUCGUUCGCACUUAUAAAUGCACAAAACAUACGUACCAUGACCAAAGAGUUGUUAUUGUUUUUGGAGAAAGCGGAUGCAGAAUUCAAGGCGCAGUGCAGUUCAGGCAUGAUAUUGGCCGCUGAACGUUAUUCACCAAACACACGAUGGCAUUUGGAUACACAGUUAAGCGUAUUAAUAGCGGCUGGCAAUUAUGUGCGAGAUGAUGUAGUGUCUUCAACAAUACAAUUGGUAUCAAGUAGUCCAGUGGUUGAACAAACUUAUAUAACAAAUCGUUUCUGGGAAUCUUUACAAGUUCCAAAUCAUUGUGAAGACAAACAACCACUGUUGCAAGUGGCAGUGUGGGCAAUUGGCGAAUAUGGAGAUCUGUUUAUGUAUGGUCCAAAUGAGGAUGAUUUUGAACGUCCAACUGAAAGUGACUUAAUCGCAAUGUUUCAUAAAUAUUUAACUUCUGCUCAAGUAUCAACUACAAGUAAGCAAUAUGCCUUAGUGUCGCUAGCUAAACUAAGUACACGUUUGCAGAAUUGUGUGGACGAAAUUCAAGCACUUAUCACUUCGUUUGGUAGCCAUCUGAAUGUGGAUCUACAACAACGUGGCGUAGAGUUUACGCAAUUAUUUCUCACUUAUAAACAUUUACGUCCACCAUUGUUAGAAAAGAUGCCACCAAUGCAGAUAAGCCGUAUCUCAUCGCAAAAUGGUGAAAGUAGCGGUUCAUUUGAUGACAAUAGCCCGGAUCUAAUCGAAAAUGGUUUAGUUGAAGACCAGUUACCGCACGAAAAUAAUAUGAACACAAUGAGUGAUAACACAAAUAUAUUACUGGAUUUACUUGGUGGGACAGAUAUAUCAAAUACCGUUCAAAAAGAGAAUACAAAGAACGCCAACGAUGUGUCGAACAAUCAAGACUUCCUUGAUUUAUUAGAUUUGGAUUUAAAUACAGGCGCUGUAGCUGUUAAUAAUACAACAAAUGUGUUGGGAACUAAUGCAACAAAUAUAAACAAUGUAUUAGGAUUAUCAAGUUUAACGGCGACAAUACCAACGAAUGGCAACGAUUUAACAAGUAUUUUAUCUGGCAACGGUUUGGUCAGUGUACCAGUAAAUCUGUUAGAGUCUAACAAUAUACUCUCACCAUCGGCGAAUGCGUCAAAUUCAUUUCUAAAUGAGUUAACUUCCCCCGCCAACCUACUGUGUAGUAGUAUUGCUAUAAAUCAAGCGCCCAAGAUCACUGCUCUUGAUAAAAAUGGUCUACUUGUUCAUUUAGUUCCACUUAGGGUCAGCGACACCAUACAAAUCUUUAUGACAACAACAAACAAUUCAAAAAAUAUAUUGGAACAAUAUCUAUUCCAGGCGGCAGUUCCUAAAAGUUUUACAUUACAAAUGUUAUCGCCUUCUGGAUCAGACUUACCUCCUGGCGGUAUUAUAACACAGGAAAUGCGUGUUGUUAGUACGUCCAAGGCUAUUCUUCGUAUGAGACUACGCAUAUCAUAUGUUGUCGAUGGCCAAAAAAUUCUGGAGCAAGCAGAAGUAACCGGAUUCCCAGACAAUUCACCGGAAUAGUAAAUAAUAAUCAAAAUAUAAAUACCUUAUACUAUAUAACAAUAUAAAUUGCGCAGUAUAUAAACUAUAAUAAAAAUAUGUAUAAUGUUAACGGAAAAGGAGCAUACCAAUAACCCAUUACCAUCCUUACCUACCUUAAAGCUAUCACAUAACAUUUACGAAGACAUGGAAGAUAACUGCUAUAUACUUAUACAAAUAAAUAUUUAUGUAUUGUAAUAUA